UGAAUCUGUUAACCUUAAAAAUAAAACUGCCAGUUAUUUUAUCAGCAAAAGUGGGUUUGUUUGGGAAUAGUAGAGAAUUGCAAUUAGGGACAAGCAAGCUGUGGCAAAACCAUAGACAAGUCCAGCAAAUAAAGAAAGUUAUACUCUUUUAUAGGGGAAAGUGGAAAUUAGGAAGACUUUUAUAAACAAAAAAUCCAUUGGAGUAAACUGGGAGUUCGAGUACAGUGACUUUCAUUGGGUGAGUUGUGACAGUCUCUCAUUGGCUAGGCUGUUGCCUGGGGACGAGGAGAACCUUUCUUCCUCCUACUGAGUUAGUAAAGCAGUAGCUAAAAUAGUAUGGAUUUGCAAGAUUCAUCUCUUCUGUUGGGUCUGCAUUUGACCACCAGUGGUACGGUGCUCCCCAUCUGUACUCCUGGCUCCAUUUUAAUGAGGUUUCUCUUUGUGAAUUUUUACAAAAUAAGUGGUAAGAUAAUCAUAUAGUAUGCUAAAGGAAACAAUAAAAGAAUCUGUAUAAGAUACAGAGGUAGGUGCGCCUGGAUGGCUUAGUUGGUUAAGUGUCUGGCUCUUGAUUUCGGCUCAGGUUAUGAUCUCACACGGUUUGUGGGUUUGAGCCCUGCAUUGGGUUCCCACUAACCACGCCCCCCAACCACCCAACCGCACCACCCCUGCUCCACAACAACUCAGAGCCUGCUUGGGAUUUUCUCUCCCUCUCUUUCUGCCCCUUCCCUGAUUGCACUCUCUCCCUCUCUCAAAAUAGAUAAUAAAAUAAACUUUUAAAAAACCUUAAUAAAAAAAAGAUACAGAGCUAGAGGUAAUGAUUAACUUCCAGUAGUAUCAGUAUUGAAAAUCAACAGGAUAGUCUUUCAAAUGAGUUGAAAACCCCUAUCUGGUUUCCCUCUGAGCCUCCUUUUUAUUCACACUUUAGUUUUCUGGUUAGCCCCAGAAUUUCUUGGUUGUGUCCUGCCUUCAGUGCUUACAUAAUUUUCUCUCUGGAAGUUUUUGCUCUCCACAAGAAGCUAACUUUGGUUUGCUUGGAAAAUUCAAGAUUCCUUAAAAGGUUAUCUGAGAGCCUUCUUGAUCUCCAUCAUGCUAAUCUUUCCGUUGCUCACAUUAGUACUUUUUGCACUUUACUGAAAUUAUUUUUGGUUUGCCAUUUCCUUUAAAUUGUAUAUUAUUUGAAGAUAGAAACUGUGUUUUAAUUCUUUCAGCGCUACUGAAAAUAAAAUAUUUACAUGAAAAAAUUUUUUUAGUGUAGUGUGCUUAACCGCGUAUGUGUUGUGGGAUUGUUGAGUGUAAUGGUCAAGAAAGAAUUCUUGAGACAUUUUAUGGUGCAACUUAGUACGUUUAUUUAAGUAGCAUGGGGUCAGGACCUGUGGGCAGAAAGGGCUGCACUUUUGCUGUAUGAAGCUGGUGUUUUAUGCUUAGUGCUCAGGGGGGUUGGGGACAUGCAAGGAGUAUUAGAUCAUAAAUGUUUUCUUUGAGUUUCUACUUGUAAAACUACUUUCACAAGAUUUUUCUGGUGUUUAUUAUUCUGUUGGAUAUUAGGUAUUGGUGAGAUAUACAGGCAGUCAUGAGACCCUUUCAGAAUGUAGCAACCAGUGGGUGGUGCCGCCCUCCUGCCCACAGCCAUCUGCUGCUUGGCCACAUCCGCACCUGCGCAGUGCUCAGGAUGGCUGGCAAAGCACAGAGGCUGAGUGAUGAGGAGAGGAACCAGCUGCUGCCAAACCUGAGAACUCUAGGGUGGAACGAGCUGGAAGGCAGAGAUGCUAUCUUCAAGCAGUUCCAUUUCAAAGACUUCAUUUGGGCCUUUGGCUUCAUGAUGAGGGUGGCCCUGCAGGCUCAGAAACUAGACCACCAUCCCGAAUGGUUUAACAUGUACAGUAAGGCCCACAUCACCCUGAGCACCCGUGAAUGUGCAGGCCUUGUAGAACAGGACAUAAACCUGGCCAGCUUCAUUGAACAAUUAGCAGUAUCCAUGACAUAGGCCCUGCCCUUCCUCUUUGAAAUCUUUGGGGGACGUGGAGGGACUGAUUUGGGAAUCCAGGGAGGGAACUGGGGAGCCCUGAGAUGUUCUACAGCCAGAAUUGCCAAGUGGACUCCGCUGCCUCUGUUUAGGGGAGAGUCCUUGCUGUGGUAAGAGGAGACGCCAGCCUCACUGCCGACCACUCUUUAUCCCCAGCGCUCUGGCACACGUAUGCUAAUCGAGUACGAUCUUCCCCUUCUGUAGGACUUCCCAACAACAGUAAUGGUCUUCUUGCCAGGCUGUGUCUUGCUCCUUUUCUGAUUCAUUUCCCAAGAAGCUGUGUCUAGGAUGCAGUCUUAACUUAGAAGCCAGGACCCUAAAGUCAACCCCCUGGUGUGUGACAGAAACACGUGUGCUUUUAUGUCUCAAAUAAAACUAUUGUUUCAAUUGGGAAAAAAAAAAAAAGAAUGUAGCAACCAGUGCUUACUUGAUCCUUAUCUAAACCAUGCAGGC